GGCUUACUCUCCGCGGUGUGGACGUGUGGAUAUAUAAAGUAAUCAACCCUCGAACUUUUUGUUGACGUCUCAUCACAUUCGACUCUCAACUACAACCACCAAGAUGGUCAAAUCCGGGCUCAUCGCAGCGUUUGCUGUCUACGCUCAAGUCGUUCGCGGAGGAUGUCCUUACAUGGAGGCUGAUACUCGUGAUGUACCUGCCAGUCAUCCACAGGUCAAGCGAGCGGAUGGCUCCUACAGCGUACCUUCGAAUACCGACGAGUUCAUGGCUCAAUAUGAGGUCAACGACACCGACACUUACUUGACUUCAAACACCGGAACACCCAUUGAAGAUCAAGAAAGCCUCAGCGCAGGAGAGAGAGGACCCACACUUUUGGAAGACUUCGUCUUUCGCGAGAAGAUCAUGCACUUUGAUCAUGAAAGAGUUCCCGAGCGGGCUGUUCAUGCCCGAGGCGCUGGUGCUCAUGGAGUUUUCCAGAGCUACGGUGAUUGGUCAAACAUUACAGGUGCCUCGUUUUUGAGCGCUCCAGAGAAAGAGACCCCUGUGUUCAUUCGAUUCUCAACCGUCGCUGGUAGCCGUGGAUCGGCUGAUACCGUCCGCGAUGUUCAUGGAUUCGCGGUUCGUUUCUACACUGACGAAGGCAACUUUGAUAUCGUUGGAAACAAUGUUCCAGUUUUCUUCAUCCAAGAUGCCAUCAAGUUUCCUGACCUGAUACAUGCCGUCAAACCUAAGCCAGAUAGCGAGAUGCCCCAGGCAGCAACUGCUCAUGACAGUGCUUGGGAUUUCUUCAGUCAACAACCUUCAACCAUGCAUACCCUGUUCUGGGCGAUGAGCGGCCACGGCACGAUUCGCUCCUAUAGGCAUCAAGAUGGAUGGGGUGUGCACACAUUCCGCUUCGUCACCGACGAGGGCAAGUCAAAGCUCGUCAAGUUCAGGUUCAGGACUCUGCAGGGCAAGGCGUCGCUUCUAUGGGAGGAGGCUCAGAUCACUGCUGGCAUGAACGCCGACUCCCAUCGUCAGGAUCUGUUCGAUAGCAUUGAGAACGGACACUACCCCGAAUGGAUCUUCGAGGCCCAAGUAUUCGAGGAAGAGGACCAAUUGCGUUGGGGCUUCGAUGUCCUUGACCCUACCAAGAUCGUUCCUGAGGAUAUCGUUCCUUUCACACCACUUGGCAAACUUACACUGAACCGCAACCCCCGCAACUACUUUGCUGAGACCGAACAAGUCAUGUUCCAGGUCGGACAUGUGGUUCGCGGCAUCGACUUUUCCGAGGACCCUCUGCUACAGGGACGUUUGUUCUCCUACCUUGAUACUCAGUUGAACCGCCACAAUGGUCCUAACUUUGAGCAACUGCCGAUCAACCAGCCGCGUAUUCCGGUUCAUAACAACCAGCGUGAUGGAGCUGGUCAGAUGUACAUUCCCCUCAACACUGCAGCCUACUCUCCUAACACCCUCAACUCCGGAUCGCCAAAGCAAGCUACACAGAAGGAUGGCCGUGGCUUCUUCACUGCCCCCAACCGUUCUACUGGUGGACGUCUUGUACGCAGUGUUUCAGAGACCUUUGCUGAUGCAUGGUCGCAGCCAAGACUGUUCUUCAACUCGCUUCUUCCCGUCGAGCAGCAGUUUGUAGUCAACGCCAUGCGCUUUGAGACUGCACAGCUCAAGAGCGACGUAGUGAAGCAGAACGUCCUCAUCCAACUUAACCGUGUCAGCCAUGACGUUGCAGUUCGUGUCGCCCAGGCUAUUGGUAUGACUGCGCCUGAUGCUGACGACACCUACUACCAUGACAAUACCACUAUUGGUGUCAGCGUUGCUGAAGCACCUCUUCUGAAGAUUGAUGGCUUGAAGGUCGGUUACUUGACCACCAACUCAGCCGGUAGCGACACAGCCUCGAGCCUCAAGGCUGCCUUCGGGGAUCUGAAUGUAGGUUUCACCGUUGUUGCCGAGCACCUUGGCGCUGGCAUUGAUCAGACCUACUCUGCCACCUCCGCUGUUCAGUUUGAUGCUAUUAUCGUUGACGGAAGCGCUGGCUCUCUCUUCGCAGCGCCUGGAAGCCUAGCCAACAGCAACACUACUGCCUCAAACAACACUGCUAGCUGGCGCUCGACCCUCUUCCCGGCUGGUCGCCCUCUGCAACUAGUGCAGGAUGGCUACAAGUGGGGUAAGCCUGUUGGUGUCGUUGGUUCUAGCAGCGAGGUCUUCUCCGCUGCCGGUGUUCAGGCCGGUACGCCAGGAGUGUACGCAUUCGGUGCGAACGCCACAGCAUCUAUUGUGGACCAGAUCUCAGAAGGUCUGAAAACCUUUAAAUUUUUGGAUCGUUACCCGCUGGAUAACUGACUUUAAUUGGGCAUCUUCUCUGUACAUCCUUUUAGUUCUUCAUACACGCGCAAACAUAAUUACACAAAUAUCUUCACAUGAGCGCAUUUACAGCA